AUGUUGCACGCCAAAUCGGAAUCGGACAGUACAAGCCUGGCACCAUCAUCGCCACGGUCACCAAAACGCCCCGUCUUGUACUACGUGCAGAGCCCAUCACGGGACUCUCACGAUGAGGAUAAGUCCUCUUCAACGCAAACCACUCCUGCCUACUCCAGCCCCCUGGAGUCCCCUUUCCACCUUUCUUACGGGCGACACUCUCGGUCCUCGUCGGCCAGCAGGGUUUCCGGUGGUGGCGGUUAUGGGUGGAAAGGGAGGGGCAAGAAUAAGGGGUGGCCGCCUCAGUCACAGGGUGAUGAUGUUAUUGAAGAGGAAGGAGAUUACGAUCCUUAUGGAAAUGGGUUUUCAAGGACGAGGUGGCCGUGUCAGGUUUUGAUUUGGGUUUCGGGUUUUGUGUUGGCUUUUUGUAUCUUUUGCUUCAUCAUUUGGGGUGCCAGUAGGCCUUUCAAACCCCAAAUUACUGUUAAGAGCUUGACUGUACAUAAUUUUUAUUUUGGUGAAGGUUCGGACUUGACAGGAGUCCCAACCAAGAUGUUGACAGUGAAUUGUUCAGUGAAGAUGAAUGUGUACAACCCUGCUACUUUUUUCGGCAUUCACGUCAGUUCCAUGCCUGUCAAUCUUAUGUAUUCAGAGCUGACAGCUGCAACUGGUGAGUUGAAAAAAUAUUUUCAACCAAGAAAGAGCCACCGGACCGUGUCCGUGAAUCUAAAAGGAACAAAGGUUCCACUGUAUGGCGCAGGGGCAGGCUUAGCAGUAUCAGAAGACAAUGGAGGAGUUCCAAUGACUUUAGUUUUUGAAGUCAGGUCAAGAGGGAAUGUUGUGGGAGAAUUGGUGAGGCCAAGGCAGAGGAGACGAGUCUCUUGUUCUUUAGCUAUUGAUUAUCGUAGCAACAAAUCCAUCAAAUUUAAGGAGGAUUCGUGUACAUAUCAUUGA